UAAAGCAGAUCAUAAUUCGAAAGAUCCUUUCUUCAAAGUUGAAUUUGCUACAACUUCGAAGCAUCAACAACCAGUCGAUUGAAUCUGCAAUCCAGUACAACAUACCGCAGUUUACCGAAUAUCCGCACUAUAUAAAAUUCCGGAUUCUGAUUCUCGAUCAAAGCAACGAUAACCUCGACCGAUAAAAUGGCAUUCAACACAAUCUUUUUGAUCCUGACCAUCACCUCCUACGCUCUGACAAUGCCGGUUCAGGUCGCCGACGACAGGCAUUGGGCUGUUGCUGAAACCUCAACCCAAGGCGAUGUCAGUCAAGAUUUUGCCGGGUUGCAAGAAGAAGGAACAACCGCGAUAGUCAGCCAAGAAGAUUCUACAAUCGCGUCUACGACUCUUGUGCCUCUCGUUGGCCAAGACCUGGAAAAACGCAGCGUCGAAGUGGUACCGAAGGCUAACGAGGACCUCGAAACCGCGGCCGGAACCAAUCUGCUCCGACCUCUUUUCGUCUACCGUCAGCAAGUCGCCUACCGGCAGCGCAUCAGGAACGCGAGACGCCGUGGUAGCCGCUUCUUUUGAAGCCUCUUCGACAUCCUUAAUUCUGUACUGAUCGAAGGACAAUUAACCGGGAAUAUUCGCCAGGACGGCAUAAACAAUUCAUAUCCUAAGAGCACGGGGUGCUGGACCCUGAUAUUAAGGAAGUUGGACUGGCUUUUGACCAUGCACAUCACGCCGGCGCGAUACUGUUUCUAAGGCUUGAAAGUCCUAGCUUGCAACUGGCCGAAGGACCGAGAUUAUGAAGUAGAAGACCUACACCAGGCACAGGAGCGCUCUCUUGCCACGUAAUAUAUCCAUUACCAUUUAAACGAGGAAUCAGCUUCCCCCUUGGUUUUAAAUCAAACACUUUAAAUAAUCUUGAAAAGAGGAAGAUCUGGGGGAAGCGUUCACGUUUUGGUACGCCACAUACGUGUGGCACGUUAGUUUUUUAAAAUUGAUUUUUUUUUCUUCCUUUUACUAACGUUAUAAGCAUUGUAGGACGAACACUGCACCGGCUAGCCUCUAUUGCUAGUCAUAUUGCAGUGCGAAAUAACAGACGUGGAUUACACCGGGUUGUUUCCGUGAUGCACCUCGUAGUGACCCCUAAUUGUCGGCAAAUCGGGGUACGUAUCCACUCUGAGCAGCUCCGAGUUCCCCAGCCGCGUGCUAACAAAAGAGCAUCGGAGCCGCUCAGAGUGGAUAUGUACCCUGAUUUGCCUGUAAUUAGGGGUCUUCAUGGGGCGCAUCACGGAAGUCAUCCGGUAUAUGCUAUCAGUGGUAUUUGUGUGUCCAAUACAUCAAUUCCCUGAAAGUAUUUGACGUGAAAAUAAAAGAUCUCGAAGUAGAAUGUAUAUUUGGUUAGAAAUUAGAUACAGUUUUGCAAUAUUUUUCGUAUCAC